AUGUCUUUUGAAAGUAAAUAUCCUAAGAAUAAUCCUUUUUCACUAAAACAGAACCACACUAUAUAUACAUAUCAUAUUAUUAAUGAAGGAUAUUAUCCAUCAAAGGAUAUAAUAUGUUAUACCUCAACUCACACAAGAAGUCAUAUAGUUGAAUGCGAGAUUGAAUAUCAAUCGAAUAGACCAGUCUUUAGAAUUAAAUUCAAAGAAAAUUCCCAACAAUAUAUCGUAGAAUCAGAUAAAUCUCCAUCUAAAGUUGCAAAUAAAUAUCUAAACGUUAGGAAAAGUUCUAAUACUUGUUCAAGAAUUUCUGGUGUUCACAUUUUUGGUCUUAAUAUAAUUGAUGUAAAACAUGAACGAAAAUGCAAAAUCUUUGAAAGUGAAGCUCUUAAUUUUUAUAAUCCAAUUGAUCAGCCAAUUUUACAAGAAGUCCGUUUUAAUGUUCAAAGCAAGAACUAUUCUGCCACUUAUUGUAAUGAAAAAGAGCAAAAUAUUGAUGCAGAUCUGACUGCACUUGAGGCUGGGUUACCACGAGAACAUAAUGUUGCAAAUGUUAAACAAAAAAUAAAUGAGAAAAUGGGCGAAAAUAUCCUAAUAUUUGUUAUAGAUAUUAAAAAUAGUUUUCUUACAACAAAUGAAACAUCUUAUAUUACUGAUAAGGACAUUGAAGAAGAGAUGUUACAGUAUGUUGGAAAAGCAGGCUAUAGGCCAAUUACUAAUAUUUUGCUUUUUAAAAUUCUGGAUCUUUUGUACUUUGGACCACAGGUUUGUAUUAUGAAAAAUUAUUGUUUUACCGAAUCUACUAAAGGUGCAUAUCAAGAAUUAAGAGAAUUUAGAUUGUUAGACGAUCUAACUCAUACAUUAUCGACCUUCUCUGAACUUGUUUGGAAAGUUUCUUGA